UCUCUUUCUCUAUUUUGCAUGAGGGAAAAUUAGGGUUUUUUUUCCUCCUUUUAAUCUGUAUUUGCCCUUCCAGGCCUGUGAGCACACGUUCCCCUCGGGGUGUCAGCUGCUCCCCCACACAGUCUGGAGAUGCAUGUGAGGGAAGGACUGAAGGCCAGGCUUUAGUCUCUGAAGCUUCUGAUGAGUUGAAGCAGAGGGGCGUUCAGGGGCCCAGGACCGAGGGUAGACCUGGGAAUUGUGCCCCCUGUUCCGGCUGUGAGCUGCCCCCACUCCGGGCAGCUUGUGAGUUGCCACUCCCGCAACUCCCAGCCCUGGGAUGCUGGAGGCAGGAGGUCAGAAAAUACCCAAAGAACAGCUGCAGCCUUUACCCCUCCAUGAUUCCUCAGUUCCGCAGGGACUGGGGUCUGCCUCAGGUACCCCUUGGAAACUGGCAGCUGGCUGUUACUGCUGAUUUCUGAAGGAAAGUGCAGGCGGUAUCUGUUCCGGUGUGAACUGGGGAAAAGGCAACAUAAGACAUUCCCUGCCUUGUGUCUUGCUGCCCCCUCUGGCUCCCAUCUGCUGUAGGCUGCAGCCAGGCCCUGCUCAGCCUCAAACCCACGCCUCAGCGUCACCCCAGCCUGCGUCUGCCCAGGGGUGUCUGUUUUUCUUUUUUUACUCUUGUAUUAGUUCGUCUGAUCUAUGUUUUCCUUUUGUUUCUGGGCUGACGUGGGAGUAGGGAGCCCGAACCCCAGGCUGAUUCACCAUCUCCGUCUAAAGUCCAUUUUCUGUUUACCACCCUGCCUAGAAAUAAGUUGCAUUUUACUCUGUAGCACUUAACACAAGUAAUUUGAUUUAGGUGCCUCCAGGAAAUAUUGCUGCAGAAUGAAUAAGCCCUCAUGGCAUUUCCAGAGCUUCGUGAUGUCUGCACUGAGCAGUUUGGGGUAGUGGUGCUCCUCUGGAGGUGUCUGCUUGAACCAGCCAGGCAAUAGCCCUCUGGAACAAGACAAUUCAUGUGAGAUAAGAAAGAAGAGCCCGUAAGACCAAGGAUGCAUUCUCAGUUUACAGACCACUGACCGGAGGCCACUCCAGGGGGUCAGGACUAAGAGAAGUCACAAAACAGCAGAUUUCCCAAGAGCAGUGGAAAAUGAUCCAGUCACAGAUAUCAUUUGAGGAUGUGGCUGUGGAUUUCACAUUGGAGGAAUGGCAGCUACUUAAUCCUACUCAGAAGAACUUGUACAGAGAUGUGAUGUUGGAGAACUAUAGCAAUCUGGUUUUCUUGGGUUUUCAAAUUCUCAAACCUGAUGCAAUUUUCAAACUGGAACAACAAGAUCCAUGGAUAAUAGAUCAAGAAAUCCUAAAUCAAAACUUUUCAGAAGUCUGGCUAGAUAAUCCCAAAAUGUGGCUCCGAGAUAAUCAAGACAACCUUAAAAGUAUGGAGAGAGGCCAUAAAUAUGAUGUUUUUGGAAAAAUAUUUAAUUCAAGCAUAAACAUUGUUCAUGUAGGAAUGAGAUCCCAUAAAUGUGGCACAGGAGAAAAAAGUUUAAAAUGUCCUUUUGAUUUGCUUAUUCCAAAAAAUAACUGUGAAAGAAAGAAAAUUGAUGAACUCAAUAAGAAAUUAUUAUUCUGUGUCAAACCUGACAGAACCCAUGGUGGAAUAAAGUACUGUGAUUGCAAUACAUGUAGAAAACCCAGCAACAAAGAGCCAUGGCUCACUGCUAAUCAUGUAACACACACAGGAGUCUAUUUAUGCAUGGAAUGUGGCAGAUUUUUUAACAAGAAGUCACAACUUAUUAUACACCAGAGAACUCAUACAGGAGAGAAGCCCUAUCAAUGCAGUGAGUGUGGAAAAGCCUUUUCACAGAAGUCGCUGCUCACUGUUCAUCAAAGGACUCACUCAGGAGAAAAACCAUAUGGGUGCAGCCAAUGUCAGAAAGCUUUUAGUAGGAAGUCACUCCUCAUUUUACAUCAGAGAAUUCAUACUGGAGAGAAGCCGUAUGGAUGCAGUGAAUGUGGAAAAGCCUUCAGUAGGAAGUCGCAGCUUAAAAGACAUCAGAUAACUCACACAAUAGAGAAACCCUACAGUUGCAGUGAGUGUGGGAAAGCAUUCUCCCAGAAAUUAAAACUCAUCACACAUCAGAGAACGCACACAGGAGAGAAACCCUAUACAUGUAGUCACUGUGGAAAAGCCUUCUUUUGGAAGUCGCAGCUUAUUACUCAUCAGAGGACCCACACAGGGAAGAAACCUUAUGCAUGUAGUGAGUGUCAAAAAGCCUUCAGCAGGAACUCGCUUCUCAUUAGGCAUCAGAGGAUUCAUACAGGAGAGAAGCCCUACAAAUGCAACGAAUGUGGUGAAGCCUUCAUCAGAAAACCACAGCUGAUUAAACAUCAGGUAACUCACACAGGAGAGAAGAACUAUCGAUGCAGUGAUUGUGAAGAGGCCUUCUUUAAGAAGUCAGAGUUAUUAAGACAUCAAAAAAUUCACUUAGGAGAGAAACCAUAUGGAUGCAUUCAAUGUGGGAAAACCUUCUUUGGGAAGUCCCAGCUCCUAACGCAUCACAGAACACACACUGGGGAGAAGCCUUAUGAAUGCACUGAGUGUGGGAAGGCCUUCACCCAGAAGUCAAGCCUGAUAUCACAUCAGAGAACACACACAGGUGAGAAACCCUAUGAAUGCAGUGAAUGCAGGAAAACCUUCAGUGAGAAGUCAAGUCUCAUUCAUCAUCAGAGAACCCAUACUGGAGAAAAGCCCUUUGAAUGUAGUGAAUGUAGGAAAGCUUUUGCCUGGAAGCCACAGCUUCUUAGGCAUCAGAGAAUUCAUACAGGGGAGAAACCCUAUGAAUGCAGUGAAUGUGGGAAAGCAUUUGUUCAGAAAGUGCAGCUCAUUAAGCAUCAAAGAAAUCACACAGGAGAGAAAACCUAUGGAUGCAGUGAUUGUGCAAAAGCUUUCUUUGAGAAGGCACAGCUCAUUAUACAUCAGAGAAUUCAUACAGGAGAGAGACCAUAUAAAUGUGGUGAAUGUGGGAAGUCUUUCACGAGAAAGUCACACCUUAUGAGGCAUCAGAGGAUUCAUACAGGAGAUAAAUACUAUGGAUGCAAUGAGUGUGGGACCACCUUCAACAGGAAAUCGCAGCUUAUGCUACAUCAGAGAAAUCAUAUAAUAUAAAAAUCAUGAGUUUGGCGAAUGCAGAAAGGUUGCUAUCAAAUGUCAUACUUUCUGACACUUUUGAGGAUGCAUAUGGGAGAGAAACCCUAUUGAGGCAGUGACUGUUGAAAAAGCUUGAAUUGAGGAGUCAAGAGUCACUAAGCAGAAUUUAGAAAGGAGAGAAGUUUUUAAAAAGUAAACAGUGUAAAAAAAGUCAUCUCCCAGAAGACACUACUCGUUACAUAUUAAGUGACUCGUUGAGGCGAAAACCUUAUUAGUGUUGUGAUAGUACAGAAGCUUUUAGUCAAAAGUCAGUUUAUUACAUGUUUAGAAGACCUAAACAGGAAGAAAAUUCUAUUGUUUGUUACAACAAAGUGGAAGACUUCAAGAAAGGACAACUCACUAUACACUUGAGAAUAAUACCUACAGAGGUUCAUACUGAAGAGUAGUCUCAAUAACAUAAAGAAUUUGACAAGCAUGAUGCUAUUGAAAUAGUUCUGUAAGGAAGUGGUGUUCUUUAUACAUAAAUUAUUAUUAUUACAAAAAGCAGUCAAAGUGUUAGGUGUGUUUACUUAGAUGUGAAGAGUUCUGCUUUCUGCUGUGAUGGAAUAACAAGGGUCAGAUCUCCUCUCCUGCCUUAAACAACUAGAAGCUGUACAAUACAUAUAAUAUUUAAUGGUUUUCAGACAUAGGACAAGCACAGGUUUGUGAUCCUCGGGAGACUGCAGACAGAGUGAGGUGAGCACCACGGUUUCUCAGCCUGCACCCGCAUGGCCGUUACUAGGCUGCAGUUCAGGGAAGGGAAACAAUAAAUCUUGCUGAAUUGAAGAGACAGGAUUGGCAGUUGGGGAGGCCACAGCAGCUAGAAUUUGCAGGGGAAAGUGCUGGAGAGAUGGGAUCCUCCUAGAUACAGGGCUCAAGAAGUCUGCUGGGAGUUCUCUGACUCCUUUGACUUAGUACUGACUUGCACUGAGGCCAGGAAAAGCAGCACUGGAAAGCAGCAGGCUGAACAAUUCCUGGAACUCAUGCAGGGCUGGGAAUAGUUUAUGUUCUCAGCAGCCAGAGUGGAAACAGAUUCUAACACACAAAGCAUCAGGUAGAAUUCUCAGAAAGGUUUUGUUUUAGUAGUUAGCUCUAGAUUAAAAGCUACUCUGGACCUAUAGUGUCCAGCAUCCAAAAAAAUUUAUCUGGCAUGCAAAGAAGCAAUAAAGUAUGACUUAUAACCAGGAGAAAAAUCAAUGGAGACCCAGAAAAGACAGAGGUGAUGGAAUUAGUAGACAAGGAUAUUAAAAGAGCUAUUGUAAAUAUAAAGUAGAGGAAAACAUAAGGUUGAUGAAACCUGAGGUAUAAGAGAUAUUUUUAAUGGCCAAAAUGGAACUUCUAGGGAUGAAAACAACUUCUGAUUUUGUUAAAAUCCUGGGUGGAGAGAUUAGAUACAGAAAAAGAAAAAAAAAGGUCAAUGAACUUGAAGAGUAAGAAUAAAAACUACCAAAGUGAUAGAGAGAGAAAAAAAGACUUAAGAGAAAGAGAAUAGGAAAACCACUACAGUGGUGUAAUAUAUGUGUAACUGGAGUCCCAGAAGGAGAGAAAAUGAAGAGAAAUGAAGAAGGAUUUGAAUAAAUAAUGGCUAAAGAUUUUCCAAAUCUGAUGAAAACAAUACCCCCACAUAUUCAAGAAGCUCAAAUGAUCUGAAGUAGAGUAAACAUAAUUUAUAUCACAACAGUGCACCUCAGAGUCACAUUCAUGAAAAGCACUGAUAAACAAUAAUUUUAAAACACCUUGAGAAAAAAACGAUAAUACAUACACAUGGACAAAGAAUGGCAGCAUAUUUCUGGUGAGAACUAUGCAAGCUAUAAGACAAUGGAGUAUUAUCUCUAAAUUCCUGAAUGAAAUAAACAACAAACCCUGCAACCUAGAAUUCUGUUUCCAUCAAAAACGUUUUCAAAAAUGAAGGCAAAAUAAAGACUGUUUCAGACAAACUAAAUCAAAGAUAAUUUUAUUACCUGUAGACCUGUCUUCGGGAAACAUUAAAGGAAGUUUGAGGGUAGCAGGAAAAUAAUACAAAACUUAAGUUUGGGUCUGUACAAAGGAAUGAAGUUCUGAAAAUGGUGAAUAUGUGGGUAAAUAUAAAAGAUAUUCUCUUUUUAAAAUCUUUUUAAAAGGGAAUUGGCUGCUUAAAGCCAAAGUAAUGAUAACAUAUUUGGAGUUUAUUUAGAAGUAAAGUGUGACGACGAUAACACUUAAGUGUGAAUUUUUAACACUGCAUCAUCUGAGUCAGAAGCCUAUUCCUUCAGGGCUCGGGGUAACUUGAAUUUGUACUAGGCACAUGACAGAAAUUAUAUGUAUUGUGGAUCUCCAUGUGUGCUGAGUAUUCCCUAUUUCUUCGAUCCCUUUUCCAUUUUCUGGUCUGCUCCCCCCCGAGGCUGUCUUCUAGAGACUGGGGUUUCUUCAUAGGUUUGAACAGUGGGAGAUACCAGAAAGAGAUCAGGUGGGAGGAGAAAAAGUUAAUACCUUUCCCUUCCUCCUACCUGGACCAUGGUUUAGGUAGCUUCUGUGUUCCCAUAAGGAUACAGCUCCCUUUGGGAAGCCCCAUCUAUGGCUGUAGAUCUCUCGGUUUCAGUUGACACCAUUCCCUCUCCAUGAUCUUCAGACUUAACUACUACUGGGUGCUUCCCCAACCCACUGGUUGGGUGUCUUUAAUUGUGAACAUAUAUUUGUAAAUAGUGCCUUUAUUAAUUGUUCUUGAGUUAAUACUUUGAGUGUGCCAUUUAUUUUCUGUGCCAUCUGUUAAAUGAUGAGCAUUUAAUAAAAUUGUGAUAAUCAGUUAUCAGUACAAGUGCCUCAUAGUGCCUAGGCUGAAAUGUCUCAAGAUUCCCCACACUACAUAUCAGUAUUUUCUAUCUGUAUCUGGACAAUGCAGUAGAAAUUAUAACAAAUACAAAGUUCUUUGUGCUUUUCUGCUGCAUAUGUCAGUGGCUCUGGAGAUUGUUACCAUCUGCUACAUAUAUAAAUGGACUUGCAGUUAUUACUAAGCCCCUCUUCAGUAAUAGAAAGACUUAUGAAGUCUUUUACUACCUCUGGGUUAGCCAAACAACCUUCAAGAAGCAUUGUUAUUUAGGUUAAAUAUCCAUGGACAAGAAACAAGAUAAUCAGUUACUGAGUGAAGAAAGAUGGGAAUGAUGUCCCGUACUUCCCAGCUCUCUAAAGUGUUAUGCUGUACAAUUAAAAUAUCCCUGUCCUAUCUGCUACCAUUCAUUGUGUAUAAUUCAUGUAAUCUGUAACCUGUGGGCAAGUCUUUACCCUUCAGUAGUCAAGAUUACGUUAGAGACUUCGUCCACGAAUCCACACCACCUUUCCCAUCAGUUCUCACCAGAAAUAUGCUGCCAAAAAGAAAAUCAGCUUUUCUAAGAUCAAGCCAGAGUUGCUUCUCUUAGAACCUUAUGGCGCUAAUACAUUAAGUUGAAGUCAACUGCCAAAGAGGCCCAGCAGAGGGCAGCACGCCCGUCAUUUUUUGAAUUUCUCCCUUAGGAAUUUUGCCUUCCUUUGUCUUCUGUCCACCAGUCAUUCUCUCCAGCUGGACACAAACCUCCUUUGAAGGGAAAUAAUUGCCAUUAGGCUUCACAGUAGUGCUUUUUCCUUUCGCUUGGAUUUGCAUUUUAACCUGCAUCUUGAAGAUCUUUAUACAUGUUUUCUGUUUUCGACAACGCCAGGAGGCUUCACUGACAUUGUAGUCUGUGUUAAUAAACUUGUGUAUCACUCUGCUCUGGUCUUUUAGGAAUUAACUUACAAAUGAAAUGAAUAUGUCGGGACUUUGGCAUAAUUUGAAUAUAGCAUUGUGAGUUGUGAUUGUCUCUUCCUAAUUGUACUGUAAUAACCUGUGUAUGAGAAUAAAACGGUUUCCACUGUAA